AUGGAAUUCACGCUUCGAUUUCGGGUUCCCGCUUUUCUGCUCAAGGGCCGUAAUGACUCAAAUGACGGCAACAGCAUUGACUCUAGAAGCAGCGCUGCGACUGGCCUUGCCGCUGAAUGCGGCGAAGGAGGAAGCGCGGCUACGGUCCAACAUCCAGCGGCUUCCCACGUGGACUAUCCCAUCACCGUUGAUCCGCAGGAGCCUCUCCAAUCAGCGUUUGACAAGCUCUUUCUGUUCCACCUGCCGCAUUGCUGUCUGCCAGGUCAGCAGACACGUCAGCAACAUGAUGACGCGGAGAAUGCAGGAGUUCAGGAGGAAGGGAAGGGGAGCAACAGAAGCGACGAAAAGCAGGCGGUUCGGUUCAUGGCUAUCGGACAAGUGGUGUAUUUAUCGCCUGCUGUACCCGCCGUCAAGGCGAGGCUUAAAACGGGUACAGUGAUCAAAGUGCUAGCAGUGAAAUCGAAAGAGGUGAAUCGCGAGAAUUCAGCGCAGAUCAGCGCUGGCAACUCCAGCGGCAUCAGUGGCACGAAUAACGAUGUGGUUGGGGAAAAAGCAACAGCGGAGGGGGAGGAGAAAAGUCCAGUGGUCACUGAUCACCCACAUCCCCCACUUGCAGCUCCUCAAGACUCUGCUCUCAUCUCUGCGCCAGUCUCCGCCCCUCCACCUGUCUCCACCGCACUGGUCUCUGCCUAUGCGCUUGCCUCCGCCUAUGCAUUCAUCUCCCGCGUCCGCAUUCGCCUGCGCCUUCGCACUUGUCUCCGCCUCCACAGCUGCUGA